AUGGAUGAAAAAUCCGAAAAAUCAUCGCCAGAGAAGUCGAUUGAUGAACGGGUCCAUCAGCAGCUGGUCUAUAAGGAUAAUCGAAUAAUUGACCUGAACAAUGUGAUAUUGGAUAAGGAGCGGCAGAUUUUGGAUUUGCAGGAACGAGUCCGGGAGCACAAUGAAGUGGCGAGUGUCAAAAAUCAGGCGAUGCGAAUUGUGCAACAGAAAUUCGAAGAGAUGAACAGAGAUAAAAAGGAUAUGUCGACAGAAACUGAUCCCAGUUUUUUGAAUACAACGUCUUCUACUUCGACGUCUUCUGGUGGAAAUUCGAAGGAGCGACGAGCGAGAAGUUCAUCGCCAGGACAUGUCAUUGCGGCGAGAAGUUUGUAUUUUAGGAGGGGGGGGGGGAAGGGCUGA